AUGCACAUCCGUUGGUUGACAAGUGAAUUGGUGCUGGAAUUCCCCCAUGGCAACCAUGAAGAACUCGACGGCCUAGAACUGCUUGGUGUGAUUCGCUCAGUCAGCACGACGUAUAGACCCGAAAAGCAAAUCGCCCAAUCUACUGGUCAUCCUGUCCUCAGUAUGCGGAGACCUGGCUGGGAGGGGCAGGGGUCAAAAGGAAUAAUUGUCUUCACCGGUACAUGGCUGGCAGUGAAACAGGCCCAGGGCCCACCCACCCGGCGACCCCUUCUUGCCUCGGUCUGGCCGAUGCAGACAUGCGUGAAGGAGAUGGGGGAAAAGCGAAGUCCCGUCUGUCCACCAAAGCCAAUGUUCACGGGGUGGCUGAACUCUGCUGUUGCUUUUUCCGGACUCGCUGAGCCUCAGGCUAGCGUCGUACACUCUUCUGCAUUUGAUAAAGUAUAUCGUUCCUAUUUUCCUCUGCUCGUCAAGCAACCACUCAAAGUUGCCUUCUUUCGCUCGCGACUAGAGCCCCUCUGA